AUGAACAGAUUCAAGCAAAGACUUCGGGGUAAAGAGUCUAAGACCUCCUCAUCUAAGAAGAAGGAUUCAUCAGAUUCUCCGUCGAAGAAAGAAGAAAAGGCGGAGAAGAAGUCGGAGAAGAGCGUCCUCGCCUCCAAUUCCUUACCACCUGCUCCAAAUGUCGGUUCAUCAUCUGCCAACUCCCUCGGUGGGUCAGCUAACUCGUCGACCUCAUCUCUCGGAUCGCACACUCAGCAAAAUGCUUCUCCAAUGACCAACAGAAUGCUAGCGCCACAUGUAGUUAUUAGCCCCAGUAGUGCUCCUCACCCACCCCCUCCUGGUGCUGCAGAGACAAUGCCUGGUGAUCUGCAACCGCCGAAGGCAGGAUCUAAGGUCAACUAUCCUAUCGGCCUCCAGACUACCCCGAAAGACGUCACAUUCCCUGAGGGUGUUAAGACACCCAAAAGGCAGCACUCUUCUCGCUUUGAUGUUUCUGAGAAACGAGAGCUUGAGAAGUUACACGGAUUUCACGAGGUGCCACCUGCUCGCCGACAAGAACUAUUCUUGCAGAAACUAGACCAGUGUAAUGUAAUAUUCGACUUCAACGAUGCUGCCGCCGACAUGAAAUCAAAGGAAAUCAAACGACUUGCCCUUCACGAAUUACUAGAUUAUGUCGCCAACAACAGACAAGUUAUUUCGGAACCAAUGUACCCCAAGGUCGUCGAGAUGUUCGCUAAGAAUCUUUUCCGACCUAUCCCGCCACCAGUCAAUCCUGUCGGAGACGCGUUCGAUCCUGAGGAAGACGAACCUGUCCUUGAAGUUGCCUGGCCACACAUCCAAGUCGUCUACGAGUUUUUCCUACGCUUCAUUGAAAGUCAAGACUUCAAUACCAAUAUCGCUAAGCAAUAUAUUGACCAUGGUUUCGUCUUGCAACUCCUUGAACUGUUUGAUAGCGAGGAUCCUCGAGAGCGAGAUUUCCUCAAGACAACCUUGCACAGGAUAUACGGCAAAUUCUUGAAUCUCAGGUCUUUUAUAAGGCGAUCCAUUAAUAAUGUGUUCUUCCAGUUCGUGUACGAGACUGAGCGAUUCAACGGCAUAGCAGAACUGUUGGAGAUUCUAGGGUCCAUUAUUAACGGAUUUGCACUACCCCUUAAAGAGGAGCACAAGCUGUUCUUAACAAGAGUUCUUCUACCACUACACAAAGCGAAGAGCUUGAGCAUGUAUCACCCACAGUUGGCAUAUUGUAUCGUUCAGUUCUUAGAGAAGGAUGCCGCCCUCACAGAGGAGGUUGUAUUGGGAUUAUUACGAUAUUGGCCUAAGGUUAACAGCACGAAGGAGGUUAUGUUCCUCAACGAGGUUGAGGACAUCUUCGAGGUUAUGGACCCCGCCGAAUUCGCUAAGGUUCAAGAGCCACUGUUCCACCAACUAGCCAAAUCCGUUGCCAGCCCCCACUUCCAGGUCGCUGAGAGGGCACUUUACUUCUGGAAUAACGAAUACUUCUGCAACUUGGUCAGUGACAACGUUGAAGUCAUCCUCCCGAUCAUGUUCGCCCCUCUUUAUGAAAACUCGAAGGGUCAUUGGAAUAGAACCAUUCACGGCCUUGUUUAUAACGCGAUGAAGCUGUUUAUGGAGAUUAACCCCACCCUUUUCGAUGAGUGCUCGGCAGAGUAUGCUGCGCAUCAAGAAGGAGCGGAGGCCCGUGCCCAGGAGCGUCAGGGACGAUGGAAAGCUUUGGAAGACCAUGCGAAGAAGCGCCGACCUGGUGUCCCACUCCCAAGACCUGCUUCGCCCAUGGUUAUCACACACGAAGACGCAAAUGGGGAUCUCAAUGGCAAUCCCAACGGGAGAGCAUGGGCGCCGCAUAUGGUAGGUGGAGCGAUCUCUGCAGGUGGAGAGAUUGUUGGCUAA